GGUGACUUACAUACUUUUCGUGUUCUAUUCAACUCGCUUGCUAGCUACCAUUAGUUUUCUUUCACAGUCAGUCGAUCAAAGACAACGGAGGGACUAAUAUACUCCCUCCGUCCCAAGUUGUUUGCCACAUUUUGAACAAGGUGCAAAAUAUUAUCAACAAAAAUAAAAUUCAUACUUUCUCUCCUACCCGAACCGACGGGGUUUUUUCAUCCCAUUGCCUCUCCUCCUAUCGACAUCAACUUUCUUCCUCGAUCGACGGAGCACCUCUCCUUUGUCGUCGUCGGUGCGCCUUUCCUUCACUGGUAUUCGAUCAUACUAAUUUACAGAGCACCCUUCAAUUUUCGUCGCCCUCCUUCACCCUUCGAUUUUGUCGAUACAACUCUUCUUCCUCUUUUGUUUUACUGAUUGUACCAGUUGUAUAGUAUAAUUUGUGCCCAACAACUGGCCAACAAGGAAAACGGAAAGAAAAAGGGAGUAUUCAAAAGGUACGUACGUGUAGAGGCUGUAGUCGUCCCGGAGUGGGAGCUUGGCCUCGAGAGCGACUGUUUCUGAAAUGGGCGGAGGAGAGAACAACCGGGAGUGGGAAUUUCACAUGAGAUCAAUCGCUUCCGGCGCUCGAGACUCUAACGCCGCCGUCGAUCUUUCACUUCUCAAUUCCGUCAAGAGGCUUUGUGAAUUGUGCAAAAACGAAAAAUCAGAAGAAUCUAUAGCUAGAAUCUAUCCUCAUCUCAAUCGGAUCUUUCAACGAGCAGUGGCCUCAAUUAGUCAAUCCCAAACCUCAUGUGGCCUUCUUCUACUGGCAAUUGUCCAAUUCUUUCUUGAUUUUGGAGAUGCGGUUCUGCAUGAUGCUGAUCCCAGUUUAAGGACUUUCUUUAGAUCAUGCCUAAGCCGUGAAUUUGCAGACCCUGCUGUAGCAGAAGCAACCCUAUAUUUUUUGGAAAAAAACAAGAGAAAGCUGUCAAGUGCUUUCCCUGCUUUACUCCCUCAGUUUUUCCCAUUGCUUCUGAAGCUGCUAGCUUGGAAUGGAGAGAAGUUGGAAUCAAUAUUUCUUAGAGUAUUUCCUGGGUUGAUUUCCAUCGGCUCAUUUUUGUCGCUAUUUCCACCACUUCUCGACUUGCCAAUAUUGGCUGUGGCAUUGGAAAAGGUAGAGAAGAGUUCUGGCCCGCUAGUUGGAAACAGCAUAGCUUCAAUUCAGAAGAGCACUGCCCCUGAGAUGCUGCUAGCACUCAUGGAUGAAGCGUAUACUGGAUCAACAGUAGGAGAUGCUGGCACAGAUGUUGAAUCUGUGGACAACACAAUUGCCUUAUCUGAUCCACUUUUUCUCGAACUUCUCAAGGAUGAGAAUGAUGGUCUUGCUGAGCGCAAUUGGACAUCUCCUGCCAUGACUGCAACUUUGCAGGCUGUAACUAAUGCUCCUCAGUCUGAUAGACUGAAGCAGGCUCUCAGAAUUGCACCUAGGCUUCUUGAUGUGUACUUCACUACAGCAAUCCAUGAUGUCAAUGAUGCACUUUUAUGCUCUCUUAUCCCCAUCCUCAUGGUGAGAUAUUCCAUGCUGUUUCCUGACAAAAUUUUCUCCUAUGAGGUGCAAAAAAGGAUUUUAGAAUUCAUGCUUGCGGCAUUCCACCGUUCUCCUAAUUUUGUUGCACUUUUGAAGAAGCCUAUAACAGAUAGACUUGGUGAAGCUUACAAUAGUCUUGCAAAGGUAAGCAGAUUAAUGACGGUCCCAUACGAAAUACAAUGAACUUUUCCAUCUUGGUUAAUUCUGAAGAGAAAAUAAACAUGGCUAAAAUGUUUCUUUUAGGGGUGAGCAAAAUAACCGGACCGACCGUGAAACCGAAAACCGAAAACUGAAAUAACCGAGUUUUCGGUUUCGGUUACCUAUUCUCAAAUUAUCGGUUUUUCGGUUAGUCCGGUUGGUUUUCGGUUAUUUAAUUCGGUUAGUUCGGUUAACCGAAUAACCGAAGUCCAUAUUCACCCCUAAUGUUUAUUAAAUUAAUAUUACCAAUUUUUAAGUCCAAAUAAGUGAAUUAAGCUCAAAUAUGUCAUUUUAAUCAUUAUUCCUUCUAUACCCAAAAUACCUAUUUU